GAAACACAGGCCAACCGAUGCUACUGAGCUGUUUUGAUCUAUUCUGACUACAUUACAAUGGAGAAUAACAUCAGUGAGGAGGAGACCCAGCCCUCGGCCAGCGGGAUGAGGAGAUGCUGGAAUAAGAUUAUGCGGAAUAAAUUUCUGGCUUCAAGUCUGACAGCUGUUGCCCUGGGUAUUGCCCUGGGUUUUGUUCUCAAGAUCUGUGUCCACAUGACCGAACUCCACCAACUCUACAUCGGCUUUCCAGGAGAAUUACUCAUGCGAAUGCUUCAGGCGGUGACCAUUCCUCUCAUUGUUACAAGUGUGAUAACAGGAGUUUCUGGUCUAAGCGUUAAAACCUCCAGAAGAAUUGGUUUACGUGCAGUGAUAUACUUUGUCUCAACCACUUUUCUGUCUGUUUGUACAGGGUUGAUACUGGUACUGCUGAUCAAGCCAGGAAUUGCUUAUGCUGUUAAAAAAGAUGAUGACGAAUAUGAGGAGGCCUUCUCAACUGUCGAUGCCUUGUUGGAUCUAGUAAGAAACAUGGUCCCAGACAACUUGAUUCUGGCUUGCUUUAAACAGUACCAUAGUGAGAGGAUAGAGAUGGGAAAUGAAGAAGAUGAACACAAUUCUAGCCUGGCAAAUUUGACAGAAGUGCAAGUGGUGGGAAGCUAUGUUGAAGGAACCAACAUACUGGGCCUGAUUGUCUGGUCUUUUAUUCUUGGCGUGAUCCUCAACAGAAUGGGAGAAAGUGGCAAAGCGCUUGUGGAGUUUUUGACUGUCCUCAACGAGGCCACAAAAUGUAUGGUCGACUUGAUACUGGGCUACUUGCCAAUUGGAGUGCUGUUCCUGAUUGCAAGCCAUGUUGUGGAGGUUCACGACUGGGAAACUACCUUCAAACUCGGAAAGUUCAUGGUAGUAGUUAUUACUGGGCUUAUAAUCCAUGGAACAAUAACUCUACCACUGAUGUAUUUCCUGGUAACAAGAAGAAACCCCCUUGCUGCUAUCAAGGGGUUUUCUCCUGCCUUACUGACUGCAUUGGUCAUCUCGUCUAGCUCUGCCACACUGCCACUUACUUUCCAAUGUUGCGAGGAGCGACUGAAGUUCGACAAAAGAAUCACUCGCUUCAUGCUGCCCAUCGGAACCAAUAUCAACAUGGAUGGGACUGCCCUUUAUGAAGUGGUGGCAGUAGUUUUCAUCGCUCAGCUCAAUCACAUCGAGCUGGACCUGAGCCAGUUGAUUACUCUUUCUGUGACAUCAGCAGUGUCCAGUAUAGGAGCAGCAGGGAUCCCAGCUACAGGAGCAGUGACCACUCUCUUUGUUUUGACUGCGAUUGGUCUACCUGCGAAGGAGGCCACCAUUCUGGUUGUUAUAGAAUGGCUCCUAGACCGCUGCAACACUGUUGUCAAUGUCAUGGGAGACUGCAUCGGCGUGGCCCUCAUUCACCAAGUGUCAAAGAAUGAGCUGGCAGAAAUGGAUGAGCAAGUACGGGAAAUGGCAAGGAUGCGUAGCAGUGAUGAUGAAAGCCUCUCCCCAGAUGAGAUCCAGGUCCGCAUCAGAAGCCAGGACUCUGAUGAAGACAUCCUCUACACAAUGUCAGAAUCACCCCCCUCAGACGGUGAUGGAGAGGAGCACAACGAAGGCCAGUUCAGUGAGGACUCUUGUCCUGGGUUCUUGUACAGCCAGCUUGAAUAUCCCCCAAUCCCAGACAGGAUGUACAAGUAGUGUUAGCUCAGACUGAACCGAGAGAACCACAAUGAACUUUCUCUUUAAUAUGUUAUUGUUUGUAAUGAUUUA